UUGCCGUAGCGUGUACGCCUUCGUUUAUCCCAUGUCCGAAAAAAUCGCAACCUCGAUAAAUUGUGGCCCUUCCCGGAACCUACAAAAGCCCCAGGAAACUAGAAUGUUGAGACAGUCUCAGUAGUUUGGGCUAGCGGACUAUCAACCUGCAACAAGAUAGGAAUAUACUGUCCAGUUCAGCAGAAUAAGUCAAGAUGAAUGCAGGCACUACGCUCAGAUAUGCUCCGAACGUCAAUCACCCUCCAAUGGCCUUCAGCAACUUGCCUGCAUACGAUCAGUUCGCCCGCGGAAACGACCCGAAGUUCUCGGAUAUCUACGAUGAUCGGAAUACAUACGUACCGGCCUCCUACCAGCUGUCCGGUCUGACCAGUGCCCCGUCUAGCCCGGAGCAGUACCCCAACAGCACCCUCAUUCCUGUACAGCGUAUUGACAUGCAGCAAGUGCAGGUGCCGGGCGCUGUCAAUGUGCCCGUGCAGAAAACGGGCGGGUACGUGACCGGAGGGCCGCAGUCCGUCACUUCCUCGUCGCCCGAAAGCGCUGCCGUAUCCGGUGGGUUCGCUAAGCGUGCCGGUAGCUAUGUGUUAGUGCAGGCACCCACGUGGACGGCGAUUCCGACGGCCGUACACACAGCCAGCGCGUCGCAGAGUGUUCCGCUACUCGUACAGCCUAGCACAACAGUGACCACUGGUUGCGAUUCGGUGCACGCCAGCCAGCCACCCACAGUCAUUACGCCCGACCCGAAUGCUAUGAAUGGACACCACCACCACACUAGCCAACACCAGCAGCACAACCCAGUUGCUCUGUCCGCUGCCAGCUGUGGAGGAUUCUCCUUUCCGCAGGUGACGCCCAUGUCGUCGCCUGAGUCGCAAGCCAUGCCGGACACAAGCGACAACUCGGGGAUGAGCCCAGCAGCAGUGGAGGAGCAGCGGAGGCUGCACAUGAUUCGCCAGUCGCUGAAGAACGAGAUUGUGAGAAGUACGAUACGCGUCCGCGAGCCCCGGCCAAGGCAAGAAAAGUGUGCCUGCCCCGACAACAGCUGUGUUGCUGGUCGUGAUAGACCGAUAACGUCGACUCGCAACCACUACUCCUGCAAGACUGCCACCAAGCUGCUAAUGACCUGGGUGGAAGAGCACCAGGAAAACCCGUACCCGGACAGGGAGGAGAAGAAGCGUCUCGCCAAGCAGUCCUGCAUGACCGUCAAGCAGCUCGCCGACUGGUUCGGCAACGCACGGCGCCGCAAGCGUCGGCAGCAGCAAGACGAGGUCCACAUGGCCAACCGGGAGCGAGAGCUACGCCUGGCCAUAGAUUAAUUCUAACAUAGCUCACGGUGUAAAGCAGUGAUUAUUGCAUGCAUGAGUGGGCCGGUCUGAACAGAACGGACUGAGUACAACAUUCCGAUUACUGAACAAGUGUACAUUCUAGAUUAAAAAUACAAAGAAAGAGGAAAGCCAUAUCUUCCGUAUUAGAACAAUCCGUCCCAAUGAGAAUUAAACUUAGCUUACGAAACAGCAUGCAUUGUGGACAUGCAUGUACGAAUGAAAGCCAAGCACGGUACGAUCAAGUAUGUUGUCCUUUUCUUCAGCCUUCACCAUUACUGCACCAAGCAUAAUUAAUUAUUGUAUAGUUUUGCUAUUGUGAUUUAUUGAUAUUAUUAAUCAUGAUUGUUAGGCAGGCAUUAGCUGAUUGAGUUUCCAGCCAUAUAGUAAAGUAAUGAGCCGCUUUCUUCCGGGUGAUCAGAGAACAUGACUACACCCAAUCUCGAAUUUGUGACUUUCAAAACUGUAUCACUCUUAUAGGCUGUACAAUCAAGUAAUUGAUUUUGGAGGCUGCCCUGUUGUUCAUUUUCUCCUCAAUUCUAAAAUGAUCGCACCAUGUUUAAGAAAAAUCAUUGGCUAACUAACAAAACAUCUACACGCAAUAGUAGCCGCCCAUCUC